UUUGUGAGCGCAAGUCGGUUGAACGUUUGUUUUGUUUAUCAAGGUUUUAUCAAAAAUAAAAUCAAUACAAUAAAUGUAAUAAAACCGAGAGGAGACCAUCAGACUGAAGACUCAGAGAUCCUUGCGUAUAAAGUGAAAACACUCAUUGACGUUUUCAUUGUUAGUGUGGAGUGUUCGUAAUUGAUCGUGACUACUGGGUGGCUGCAGUUAAUAUAAUUACGAUGUAAUUUUAAUUUAUUUUACGAAUACGUAUUACUGACGAUAAAUUCUAGCUUAACUACAAUAUUACGUGUUGAGAAAUCAAAAUGAGUGACGAAAAGCGACCACUUCUUAUAUGCCCGAAUACUCCUCUGGACAAUUCGGAGGUGCAAACAGUCGAAUUGGUGACAAGUCCUGAUUUAUCAAUUAAAGAUGAAAAGCCAAAAAAGUGUGGAUAUAACCCCGCAUCUGAACGAUAUUUAGAACAUCCCACGUCUAACUUGGAUACUUUAAUUCAUCUGUUGAAAGGCAAUAUUGGCACUGGUAUUUUGGCUAUGCCUGAUGCUUUUAAAAAUGCUGGGCUUUUUUUGGGUGUGAUUGGAACCUUGGUAAUGGGUGCAAUAUGCACUCAUUGUAUGCAUAUACUAGUCUCAUGCUCCCAUGAGCUUUGCAUCAGAAAUCAACGACCUGCCUUGAGUUUUGCUGAAGUUGUGGAGGAUGCCUUUGCUAUGGGCCCUAUUUUGUUAAGGCCAUAUGCAAAAAAAAUUAAGAAUGUUGUCAAUAUAUUUUUAGUAAUAACUCAAUUAGGAUUUUGCUGUGUUUACUUCUUGUUUGUUGCGACUAACCUGCAGGAUACAAUGCAUAUUUUUCAUGUAAACCUCGGUGUACACAGCUACUUAGCAUUAUUAUUUCCACCAAUGUUGGCCCUGGGCAUGGUGAAGAAUCUGAAAUAUUUGACACCAGUUUCUCUGAUCGCUGCUAUUAUGACAGCUUGGGGCCUAGUAAUAACAUUCUACUAUAUAUUACAAGAUUUGCCACAUACUAGCACUGUGAAAGCAUUUGCGAGUUGGCAUCAAUUGCCAUUGUAUUUUGGAACUGCCAUAUAUGCUUUUGAAGGAAUUGGAGUGAUUUUGCCUCUGGAAAAUAACAUGAAGACCCCUGAAGACUUCGGAGGCUGGACUGGCGUCCUCAAUACAGGGAUGGUGAUAGUGGCUGCACUAUACACUGCCAUCGGCUUUUUUGGAUAUUUAAGAUACGGGGAAAGAGUACUUGGCAGUAUUACUCUCAAUUUACCCAGUGACUUGUUAGCUCAAAGCGUGAGGGCUGUCAUGGCAGUCGCGAUUUUCCUUUCAUACGGACUUCAAUUCUACGUGCCAAUGAACAUUGUAUGGCCAUAUAUCAGAAGCAAAUUGAAUUCGGAAAAGGCGAUAGAAUACGGCGAGGCUGUAACGCGAUUUGUUCUUAUUUCCAUUACAUUCAUUGCAGCAGCGUUGAUACCUAACCUGAGCAGCAUAAUUUCACUCGUGGGAGCAUUCAGCAGUUCCGCGCUGGCGCUCAUAUUCCCGCCUAUCAUCGAAAUCAUAACGUUCUGGCCCGAACGACUUGGAUGGAAGGACUGGAGGCUAUGGAAGGACAUAGCGAUUAUAAUUUUUGGUAUAACUGGUUUCGCGUUUGGUACUUAUGCCAGUAUUAAAAAUAUUGUGAAUCUCCCUUAAAAUGCAAAUUGAACUUAUGAUACGACAACAAUAUAUUAUAUACCAUAACAAUAUAAUAUAAUAUUAUAUAACCCGUGAUGCAAUUGCAAUCAUUGGUGGUAAUGAAGUCAGCUUUAAAUUAUACUUUUUUUAUGCUUUUAUUUGUACGCCACGAUAACACUAAAGGUCCAAACGCAUUUGCGCUACGCGACGCGACUUACGACUUGAGUGAAUUUGCACGUACUCUUUUGUUAGAACCUUGUAACUACUGAAUUCGCUAAACAUAAUUACUUCAAAAAUAAUUCAUGUCAAUCGAUCAACCAAAGGCGAAAAUUAUUUAAAAAAACUACUUUAGGAGCGCGCUCAAAGAAGCAAAUGGGAGGAAAAAAAUCAUCGCAUCGGUUUUUUAGACAUGUUUUGUCCAGAGUCUAUUUCAAAAUCGGAUAAAACUGUGACUUAUGAAUAAUUCCAGUAAUAUACUGUAUUUACAUACAACAAAUAGGUAUCUACUAAUACUUUCCUUGCACUGAGCGUGUCCUCCUGUAAGUUGCUCUAACAAAGGUUGUCCUGCUGUAUAAUGAACUUUUCGAAUGCAAAGUGUAGCUCGAUCACUAAUUUGAUUUUAGGUGUACGCGUGCAACUGAUUUAGCCCCAAUGUUGGAUAUCAUUAUAAUAAUUGACUACGGGGCAUUGUAUUUCCACUCUAGGGAAAUAGAUAACUAAAUCGACUGCAAUUAUUAAAAUUUGAAAAAAAAAAUACGUUUACUAGGUGCAGACCUUAUAACCAACCAUGACAAUAAUAUUUCAUAGAAAUUGUGCGAUUUUUUUAUUUUAUUUUAGUCAAUAGGUGUAUUUUUAUUCUGUAGUUUCAGAGAUGAAAAGGAUCUAAUUAUAUUAAUUUAUUUUAAGAAAUCCUAGUAUUAAUGACUUAAAUAUAAAUGAAACUAUGUAUUUUUAUCUUUGUAAAAGGAAUAUUUUUCUAUAUCUGUGCAAAAAUAUAGUCUUGCGUAAAUUAUUAAAUAAUUUAUUAAAUGUUAACUAUAAUAUUAUGUGAUAGCAUAUUUAUAAUUUUCAAUAGAGAAUUCAUCUACAUAUUUAAUUUUAGCUGAAUGACAUUUAGAGAAAUUCUAAUUAGGUAAGUACAUAACUAGAUUUUAAUUGUGUGUUUUGAACUUUUGAUUGAAUGUUUAAUUAAUUCGAAAGCAUAUUAUAUUACGUGUUCUAGCAAAAUUCACUUAUAUGGGAUAGAAAUUAGAUACUUAAUAGCAUAGCAAGUAAAAAAAAUAAUAGAUGCUUAAGUAAAUAAUUAUUUGUCGAAAUCACCCAGGAUAGCUUAAACGCUAAACAAUUUGUUUAUUAAAAUUACUUAAUGUAUUUUAGGUUCAAAAAGAGCUUAUUUUAAAGCUAAAGCUCUAUGUAAGCUAAAAUUAUAAAAUUACUGUAACAGCUUUUAUUGUUGUUAAUAAUAAUUAGUAUCGUGAUUGUGAUAUUGCAAAUAAUUAGUUCUUCAGCAGUUUUUUUUUUGCCUUUAUGAUUUGGUUUACACGAACUUCACAAAGUAACUGUCACAAAUUAUUUGUCUGUAUUUUAUAUUUUUUAUAAUGUUAACAUUAAUAAUAGUUUCUUUGUAAUUAAGUACCUGUUUUACGCUUUUUACAGAUAUCAGUUUUAUAUUUUAAAAUAUAUUUUUAUUUGAAAUGUGAUAUGAGAUCAUUCAAGUGUAGCUGAUUACUUUAGUCAACGUAUACAAUACAUAUUGUUUUUAUUUUCGUAAGGCUUUUUUAUAAUAUAGAAUUAUUGUUGCCAAUUUUUAUUUUGUUUUUCUGUUUUAUGUGGAAGUUAGUUAAAUUGGAGUAAUUUUUCGGUGUAACUGGAUCUGCCUCCAGAAUAUAUUAUGAUAAUAUUAUUUUCCCAAUGUUACCCAAGUUUUCCGAUUAAUUAUUUAUUUAGUGUAAUUAUGAAAACCUGAUAACUUUUUUCACAAUGUUGCCGAAGUUGGUUGAUUGAUUAUUUAGUGCAAUUAUAAAAAUCUGAUAACUUUUUUAUUUAUAAUUUAACUGUUACCGUGAGUUUGCACUGAGGAAACUUAAACACACAAAACACAACACUUUGACACAAUAUUAAGUUAAAAUGUUUUUUAUGUAUUAAUUAACAGAUUAUUGAGUUUUCUUUGUCAUAUCAUAUAAUUUGUUUAAAAAUAACUUGUUUGAAAUUCCACUUAGAUCUUGAAAUCUUUUAAAGAAUUUGCGCGUUUUUUUUUUUUGGGUUAAGGACAAAAUAUUCACCAAGAAAUUCGUUACAUACAAAAAUCUGUCAAACAUGCAUGUUUAAUGUUUUUUGGUGCAAAUUCACAGUUAAGAUAUUAUGCAUUGUUAUGCGAGCCU